UUUAGACCAAUUUUCCUAGCCUACUACCACUGCGAAGCAAUACGCAUGUGUGUUGGCCAAAUUGCUUCUACACUGUAUUUUGACACUCGCUCCCGGAGGCAGGCAACCCAGCAUCCAACCUUCUCCUUGGUGAAACAUAUUCUCAUUUCAUCUCCCUGUCGGUGUCACCAUCGUUUUUGUCGUUAUUAUUAUUGAAGAGCGUGUAAAGAGAAUGUCUAUCGCUUUUGCUCUCGUCCCUGAAAUGCACAGCGACGGCCCGAGAAGUAGUGGGAUUUGUUUUUAUUUUCAAUUCGAUGGCAUUGCUGUACGUGUGCGAGAAUCCUAAUUAGAUGACAGAUUGACAGUGGAUUCAACCGGUGAUGACACAUGUGUGUACAUGUGAUCGGCAAGUGAAUCGAUGGACAAGGAAUUCAAGGAUACGGGAAUUCCACGCCUCAAUUCGUUGUGUAACAAUUUUCGUGCAAUUUUCUCUCAUUUCCUGGAAGUCGACGACCUUUGCUAGUCGCUACUAGGCAUAUAGCAUCGAACGUGGCCCAAGCGGAAGACCUCGUUGUCUACGUUGCAUGAAGAGAAGGACUCAUCCAUCAAAUUGAAAAUCGAUCAGCUGACAUUACGGAUGUUUGCUUAUUAGGGGAAGAGAGAUAGCGUGUGUAUGGUGUAUAAUAAAAGUAAGCCUUUAUAAACUAAUUAGAAGCCCAUUAUAACUGAUACUAUGAUAUUCACGAUCGGAAGAGGUGUAGAACGAAACACUAACUGAAGAGUGCAACUCAUCGUGAAAUCAUUACAUCUAAAAGCUAUUAAAUUUCGUUGGAAACGACGCGUGCAUAAUUAUCACACAUAACUCAUAAAUCAAAAUUAAAAUAGUUCGUUGUUUUUUGUUUUUCGCACGAUUUGAAAAUUGGUAGCGUGUAAGUUCAGCUGAAUGAAAUCGUCCAAAGAGAAAAACUAAAGGAGUAAAAAUUGACCUAAUAAUUCGUUUCAACUCUUCGUUCGUUGGUCGACUUCACCGUACGCAGAAGAAACUAGCCCGGAAGAUCGGUGCAGAAGAAAGCUAGUCAACUAGUAGUUGCUCCAGUGUAUCAUCGGUGUUAGUUAGUGCUGGAGCUGCUUUCGAAGAGUGUCAUCCCAAUCGAGCAGAAGAAAGCGAAGGUAUAAAUGAUUAUAAUUAUCACCAUUGAGGUGCGAAGAAUCGAGGAAGGAAAUGGUGGAAAAUAAAUAAAAUAUUAAGGAAAACAAAAAUUAAAUGUGUCAACACCGACUAAUCUCUAUUGCAGCGCGACAUUAGUGCCGGUUCAGUCAAACAGUGCGAAGAUUGAGUGAGUGUAUGCUGGUUGCGUGAUUUCAAGCGACUGAUCAUUUGGUGCAAGCGUAGGAAGAGCGUGUUUAAAAGUGUUGUUCGGCAACAGUGUUGUUAUUGUUGUUCGCUGGCGUCAUCGUCGUUGGUUUGGCGAGAGCUUUAAUGCAAGUAUCUGAAUAAGUCUGCGUAGGGGAAGAGAGCUGAUAAAACCGAUAAUCAUGUGUCUGUGACGAUUUUCCAGCCAAGUGAAACUUUAGAUAUUCCCGCGUCUUCGGAGCAAUUGUAUGUAAGUCGAAUCAGCCAGCGAGCAAAAGAGUGAAAUUAGUGUGGGUGAAGCAGUUAACUUAAGUGUGGUGAAUGGUUAACGACAUCACUGUCGCCCCGGAUUUUCAACUACACGCUGGAUUUUAGUAACGGAGUCAGUGGCCUUUCCCGGCAGAAACGUGUGAGUUUUACACCGAUAUACGCGGCAUCUAUUUUGGAAAAAUUGUUUUAUUGCGUUACUCCGACAGUGCCCGUGUAGUAGCUGCUCGUCUGCUGGCGUUUUGAAUUCAAGACGUGAAAACCGGAAGUAUCGAAUCACCAACGACAGAAACAACAUUGCAAUCACGGAACCAUAAAGUCAAUCCUCACCACCCGCGCGAUGGCAAAAGCUGAUUCAAUCCAGAAUGGAAUCAAAACAGACACAACAGACGAUGUUGAAAAAUCACUGGAGCUGCUCGACAAGGUACUGUCCGAGUUUGAGGAAGAGCAGGAGGUAAUACAUGCCCCAGUGGAACCGGAUAGUCCGUCUCAGGGCCACCAGUCCGAGGAUGAUGGUUACAUGAGCAUGAAUGGCCGGAGGGCAAAAUUCGUACCUGAUUUUCAACCAACUGACGAGGCAAAUGCACCCUUACAUCCACUUCCGGUACCACCAGAUGGCAAAUACUCACCUCCAUCGCCUGAGGAAGCAGAACGAAUUAUUUCCAAUUUACUACCAAGGAUAUCCCCAACCUCAUCACCCACCCGAAGGACCAACAGCAUCAGUAGCAGUAGCCCAGUGCACAACAGCAACAGCAACAGCAACAGUCACAGCGAUUGGCGGAGGCGAAAUCUAGCGCGAAACUCCGACUCGAUUAGCAGUUCAACGAGCGACAAACCUUCCUCCAAUGACAACACGGUCAUUGCCAAGAGUCCCACACAGACUACACUGCCAAAAACACGACCCUCCAACGUUUUACCCACAAGAUACGCAAGUCUUCCAUGCUCCAGCCCGCCCAAAUACACCGGACCAAGUGAACCGAGUGGAGGAAGUUUGGACGAUGGUCGGAAUAAACUCGGCGGAAUAGGAAUCAACGAGGUGCACGAUGCCGUCCUACGGGGGAUGACGCGGUUGCCAGAACCCAUAGUCAACGAACACCCAGUAACCAUCUACCCCGGCAGAGCAUCACCAACGAGGCGGACAUCGCGAAACUUACAAAGUUCCAUUGAACGACACCGAGACUUAUGCCGCAAAGGCGCUUACAACUCGGAUAACUCGUCAUCGCAGGAAAAUUCGUCACCGGAAAAUAACGAAUUCGAGAACAACUCAUCGCUUUCGCCAACCCACGGUGUCCAACUCAACAUCAACUACAACAAUAAUCUAAUCAGCAAUCGGAUAUUUGCCACCAGCGCCAAUUAUGCUCGGCAACGGCCGCACGAUGACAGCGAUGAGGAAAGGUUCUCCGACGAUUCACUGGAAGAGUCUUCCCUGCCACCUCCGCCCGGGCCACCAACAGUUCCGCCACCUCCGUCGUUAUCGGCUCCGGUAACCCCGAGUAAACGACACAGCAUCGCGUGGGAGGUCAACCUGGAUGAUCCUGCCAGCUUUGAAGAUCCUUUGGCAAUACCGAAGGUGGCUGGCUCACCGUGUUCUAAAGUUAUUGGCAGGCGAAAAGGCACCAAGAGCGUGAACGAUUCACAAUCAAGUUUAGAAUCGACUCCUAGCAAUCGAAAAAGCGAAUCCAACAAUGAAUGGCCCGAUCCACCCGACAUUCCUAUAUGUAGUACAGAGGACGAAGCUGCAUCUUUAUACUCCGAUUCCGAUGAGCUUAUACCGCAAGUACCCGACAUCUCCGGUCGCGGAACAUAUGUCAUUCGAAAAGGUCGUCGAAGGCAGCGGUUGGAAAGUUUGGACUCGAACGCUAGCAACAACCUACCAAUUCCCAGCAGCGAAUCCCCGCCCAUUGCCACAACACUGCCGAGUCCAGUGUUCCCUGCGUCCAUGAUGUUACCCAAGUCGAGGCAUAGCAUUGAUUUGGGUCUAACAUCCUCCGGCUACAGUGCAAUCAAGACCUCUCACUCUGUUCCUCAAAAACUACCCAACUCAGUUCUAUCGCCCAGGUCACGACUAUCAUUAGAUUUAAGUUCACCUACCUCAGAGCUUUCAACAAACGGUAAGAAAAUCACAACUCCAACUGGAAGCUUCCUGGCGCACCUGCAGCAGUCCUCACAGUCCCACGGCAACAAUAAUAACAAUAAUAGCCUCAACAAAACUAAAUCCAACAGCAACAAUAACCUUAGCACAGCCUGUGUAAACAAUAAUAGCAUUACCGUUGUUAGCAGCGCUGCUCCUGUCACGUCGGUACUGAUAGGAAAUGGAAGUGGUGCUCAGAGUGUACCACUGAAUCAACAGCAGCCGAUAGUUUCGUCACGCUAUACCGAAUUCAAAACGUACAGCUCGACCUUCGAUGCCCUGCAGGCGCUGGAGAGUAAUAGCAGCAACAAUAGCAUCAACCGUGGAGGCGCCACCGGAAAUGGCUCCACCGUUGUACCCGUGGUCGAUAACGACAGUUCGCUAAUGCGAGUUUCCUCGCUACCAGCCGCCACACCCCCGCAUCCAGGCCCCGCAACAGCCGAAGGUCUUUCCACACCCCGCCGUGAACUUGCCCCGCCAAUCGAAGAAGACGAGGAAGCGGAUAGUGACACACAGCGUGGUGCACCGUUACGCAAAAUAGAGGAUAAUAUUAGUGCUUUAUUACGUGGUGAUAUAUCUGUUGCUAGAGUAGCCGACAUACCUCCCGCGAGACGUCCAUUAGGUUUUCGUCUAGGUGUUCAUAAAUCAGAAAGUGCCAAAGAAAUGCUUUUAUCGCAAGCUGGUUUGGGGCCAUUGCCACCGUCACCGCCGUCUUCUAGUCCGGAACCGCAGGACAGUGACGAAUUUCCUCCGCUGCCUCCUUCGCCAACCGAGGAACCUGAAGUCAUCCAUCAGAUACACGGCAUACGCAUUAGCUCACGCAAUAGAUCUAACAGUACCAAACACGAAGGCCACUUCCGGGACGAACUUCCUCCGGCCAUUCCACCUCAUCGUGGCCCGUCUAUUAAUACGCUUAAAACAAGAUCAAUGGAUGCUGGAUUUAGUAAGUCCUACCGCAACGGUUCGCAUGCUUCCACUUCACCUCACGCCCCCGGAACACUUCCUCCCGAUUUGCCCGGAUGCAAUUCUCGACGAAGGGUCAUCACCGGUGGUUAUCAAAAGCGAACCGCACAAAGUCCACGCGAGGAGAGAUGCUUGCAGACGUCCUGCAGUUUACCGGAAACGCCCAUCUUUGCCAGAGGCAGCUGUGAUAUCCCACGAACGCCUCACCGACGUGCCCCAGAGGUUCCCCCGCAUGGCAGUGGAAGUCGGACAGCUCCACGGACCAACACCAACACGACCAGCAGCCUCGGGUCGUCGGUCGUUGGCAUUGGUACCUCGACCAUCGGUGGGCGGCAGCGCAGCAUCAGUCAAGCUUUUGCCAAUGGUGAAAUGUUACGCUUAGCAGGUGGUCCAGCACGUGGCUGGUAUCCGAAGCAGCGACAACCGCGGCCGGCGUCAACCGAGCAUCUGGACCGGCUGCAUCCGCAGGGAUCUCUGCGCGCCUGGGAAGCGGGUACGGGUAGCAGAAAACCGCUUACCCUACCACCUAAUCUCACACCUAAAUUUUUCAACAAGUCACCGCGAGAGGCUUUGCGUCGUGUUACUAGUUUGUUAAUUCGAAAAGGAAAUUCCGGCACCAAGGAAAAAGAAUCUCGCAAGGACAAAGACCGAGGCGAUAAAGAAGCCUACUCGUCUUCAUCCAUUUUCCUACAGCAUUCACCGGGAUCUGAUGUAACCGACUCUCGAGGCUACCACCAUCACCUUCACUAUCAGCAGCAUCAGCAGCAACAACAACCACCACAGCCCCAACACCACCAGCCGCAGCAUCAUCAUUCAUCUCAAAACACGACGCCAACUACGCAGAAAAAGAAGGGUUUCUUCAAAAGUUUUUGGAAAAAAUCACGUCACUAUUCGCUGGAAAAACAGUAAGUCAUGAGUCCGGACGCAGCUGGUAACUUUUGCUAGGGUAGUAAAAACAGAAUAAAACUGAUAUUUAUACACAUUGUAUUUGCGGGUGGAAGUAAUUUAACCAAACUCUAACAAACAGCAAUCUCUUAUCUAUUGGCCUAACCGAUAACAAACAAAAAAAACAACAAAGAAAUCACGAAACGAGUUACACAUAGUAACGUAACUUUUAACGGAAGCAACACAAGAUUAUUAUCACACUAGAGGGUAGAAUCAACACAACACUUGGUCAUUUUAAGUAAGUAUUUGGAGGAAAACAAAGCAACAGGCGGAAGAGCAUUUGCAUUAGACUAGUCCAGCAAACGAAGAUUAUUUUGAAUUUGCAGUAAAAUUGUGAGACAGUUAUCGCACUAGUGCUCCCCUAGUUGGCCAUGUUUAAAUUAAGUUUUUUCCAUAUUUUUCAACGUAGGCACAGCGUUAAGACUAACUGUAACUCAAUGAAAUUUUAAUUUAGGUUUUAGGCCAUAUGGUCAAUUAGAGAACCACUAGUGCCAAAACUGGUACACUUGCCCUAUUGCAAAAAAAAAAUGAACGAAUGUUAAGAGAGAUUAGCACUGAAUUGGUUCGCUACCGAUAGCAAUGCAAAUACGUCUAGAAAAAUUUGAUCGUAAAUUUACCCCAACACUCAAUUGAAGUGACAUAUUCAUAUUUAUGGAAGUCUAAUAAUAUUGCACUAUUAGAAAUCCCAAUAAAAACGCUAUGGCUGAAAAUGUGUCAGUUAAAUACUAUAUGAACAUCUGAUAAUUUGAUAUCUGCUAUAUGACUGAAAACUAAAGAUCGGUUAUGUUAUUAAAAUAAACUGAAACAGAUUUGAAACCCGCAUGACAGCAUGAGCUGAAGUUUGUCCUAUGUUAAUGUAAUUCACGCAACUAUCAGAAUUGACUGAAAAAUCUUCAUAUGUCUUCAUAUAUGUAUGAUGGCCCAUAUUCCAAAUGUCCCGAUCUGACAGUCCCCCUAUCAAUUUCGUUUUCAUUUUUCAAACCCGAAAGGACGAUUUCUGCGGAUUGUUUAGUCCAACUAUGUGUCACAAAGUCAUAGAAAAACGAAAAUUAUCCUUUAAAAAAUAUAAAAAUCUUCUUUUUUUAUUUUCGAUAUUUUUCCGAAUAUUUUUAAUUUUAAUAAUUUAAUUAAUGAAUUCUACACACUACAAUGUCCAUAUCAGAUGAUAUAUAUGAUCUUUAGUGGAUUGUUUCUAUAAUUUUGAAAACUUACUUUGUUCAUCUUGACAUGUUGAAAAAGAGUCGAGAUAUCAAAAAAUUAAUGACAAAACAUAUCAGCGCGGAAAAGAAAAAGAAAAAUAUGGUCCUCAACAGCACAUGAAUCUUUCCUCUGAUAAGUUACUCGUAGUGCAUGUUCAUUCAGAUCCCGAACAGACCGUUUAAGUUGGUUUGCGUGAGAACGGAUAAGCUUGUGUCUGUCUUGCAAUAGCUUCGAUAAUAGCUCAUGGUCCAUUGCCACUUAUUGGCCGCAUACGGCUUCGCGUACACCUUAUCCUUUGUUUGGAAAGGUCUUGGAACUGCACCUUUCUUUUGAUCAAACUGAGUGAAACAUUUGAUUGCGUAUGCAGUGGAAGCACCGUUUGCAUCGGACGACCAAUCCAGUUUUGCCGAGCCUUGCCUUCUAAGCACGCGGCUGACAGUUGAACGAUAAGUUUUGGCGAUGCUUCCCCCCUCGUUGAUUUUUGACAGUGUAUCCGCUUGACCAUUGGACGGCGCUGAAAGGAGAUGCUGGAUUCCGCUAACCUACACCCAACCGAGGGAUGUAAGAUUGGCUUACAAUUAUGUGGGAUUCAUCAUCAGAGGAUGUUAGUGGAGACCUCAUGAACCGAGGAUGCGAUAUAACUAGCUGCGGUCCAAUGCAAGAAAAUGUAGAGUGUAUUAGUGAGGUAAAUUAGUUAUGCCGAAAAAAAAUAGGAAUCCGAUUGCCGACUGGACUCGAACCAAGAACGCUUCGAUUAUCAGACCUGUGCUUUCUCCACUGCUCUCUCCAGGCUCCUGAAUAUGGAUAGCCUAAAAGUAAACAUGAAGCGCUCAUUUUCUCGCAUACUCGACUUCGUAUGCUUUUUCUGCUGGAGAGAUUCGAGGCAAGUGUGUGCGGCGUUCUACAAUGUUCUACAAUGUGCGUCGUUUUACAAGCUUACUGGUAUAGUCGAAAGCGUAGAUAGAAAACAAAAUAAAAAAGACAAAAAACCAUUACAUCGCCUGCAUGAUCAAUUUAUAACAUUCGUUGCGAUGUUCAUGAACAGAGGAUGAUAGGAAACGGAACUAACAAUAGAUUUUUGGUUUGCGUGUAGCAAAAGCUUGAAAACUUCUCAGAUGUAAGCUGCGUUCCGUUGUCCGUUACAAUUGUGUUGGAAACUGUUUUUAUCCAGAAGCUCAUUGGCUGGAUUCGUUGUUGGAGACCGAGCAAUUUUUUCCGGUCAUUUAAAAUGAGCAAUCACCACCACCACCAGAAAAUUAACACAGUAUAGUGAGAGUCCAACGUUGCAAACGAUUGUGGGAAUUCCCUACUUACAUUCAAAAUUCUUAGUAGUGACUGAUGACCCAUUUGUACCGUGAACUUUCGGUCGAGGACCAUUCGAUGAAAGAACUCGUGACUCCGAACACCAAAGCAAGACCUUCCCUUGCGACUUGAAUGUAGUCUACUUUAGCUGGUGUUAGUGAUCUAGAAGCCGUUAGCGGCGAUAGGUUAGUAAGAGGUCGGACUGUAGAAUGGUCUUGAACUCUCGAACGACUUCUGGCACUAACGGGAUCAAACAAAGGGCUUCUGAGCUGGUGCAUCUCUCGAACGAACUUCGCAUAGUAGUUGAGGUUCAUAGUCAACUGUUGACUGCCCCGAGGAAAGAGCGAAAGCUGGUGAUGUCUGUUGGUGGCGGCAUCUUGGACUCCAGUAUUUAACGGAUCCAUGCGUAGAUCGUUGGCAUCAUCAAUGUGUCUCAGAUAUUUGAUUUGGUCCUGAAGGAUAUUGCAGUUCUCUUCUCGUAGAUAGAAACCAUACUCCUUCAGGAAAUUGGUUAAGGUGAUACUCUAAGGAAGCCUUAGCGUGAUACUUCAAAGGCACAAAUGUCAGCUUCCAC